AUGGCUUGCCCAAUAGUUCAUACUUCCACCGCAAUCUCUCAAUCUGCCCCCUCCCUACCUGAAGCGCUCUUGAAAUUCAAACGGGACAGCCGAUUCCACCACCCUCGCACAUCGGCCAUGAACCAAAACGGGAAACUCACCCAUCAAGCGGGCGGCACAAGCAACAGUAGUCCGAUCCGCCAUCUCUCCAACGCACUCUUCAGGGAUCCCAACAAAAUCCCACACGGCUUGCUCGACCAGGCCCUCAAAUCCCAAUUGAUGAGGUCUCAAUUGGAUCUAAUCACCAGUCUUCAGGAUGUCCCUACUCGGCUGGUUGUCGUGAAGAAAGCCAGACUCUCAGCUCUGCGUGCCGAGCUGACCGUCCUCAACCAUAGCCUCCCCAAAGGCUGCUGCUUGGGAAUGUACUGCAACAGAGAUCAUUGUGACGGGGGUGAUAAGGGCGAGGAGAAGUCGGGGGGUGGCAGCAUGGAGGCCAAGCUGGGCAUCGUCAGGGUCUCGCCCAACGAGUCUGUCGUCCUGAACUCAGCCGACCGGGCCCCGUUCUUGAUCCACAUCGAAGUGCUCAAAGACCAUCUUGACUUUGACCCCAACCGGCGCUCGAACUACGAGGAUCUGAGGAAGGCCAUCAAGGGCUCUGCCAUCUCCGCCAACAAGGCCACCAACUCAAAAACUCCAAAUCCAAACAUCUAUCUCAUCAACGACUCCUCGCCUAGCUUCUCUGAAUCAAACGUCAACAAACUUGCCACAGCUGAGCAACCAAGUUGUAGAAGCAGCACCAACCAGCACACUAUCAAAUCCCUGGGGAUGGCUAAGAUCUCAAGCUUGCUUCCUCCCGUUGGCGAGUCAUUCAACCAUCUGGGCCUUGCCUCCAUCAUUUCUCCUACCGAUCACACGUCCUGCAGCAGCGCUCAUUCUAGCGACCACGGCUUCAAGCACCAGCUCGAUCAUCCUUCUCAGACUCUCAGACGAGCUUUGUCAUUCGACUUCCCCGAGGAGGAGAUUGAUCUUGUCGAGCAGAUCUAUGGCAAGAGCAAGGCCGGCUUGGACUCUCAUCAGACGAUCAAUGAUGAUGGUGAAGAGGAGGAGGAAGACUCGUUUCUCUACAACCACCGCCACUCUGAACCCCUCAAUCUUCCUGCCGGGUUGCACAACAAAGCCCUCAACAAACAGGCGUGGAAGCGGGCCGAGCCGGUCCUUGACGACUCAAUGGCGAAAUCCAAGUCAAAUCCUUUGCCGACAACGACAACAACAACGAGCCAGUUGGCCGCGGGUGCAGACAGUAGUAGCACCAAAUUGAUGGAUCCGAGCGCGCUGGCGGCCUUGCACCAAUCGCCCUCAAGCCUCAAAUUGCCCAGUCCGACUCCCUCACGCCCGCCAAUCACCUUGGAUGAGUAUGCGGAAUGGAUGCGGAUGGCGGCCAUCAUGCUUGCCCAACUGAGUGCCUCGCAGCAGCCGUCCCAGUCCCUGUUGAUGAACCCGUUGAGUGCCGCGGGAAUGGUCGUGGGCGGAGCGAUUGGGCUUGGUGCGGGCUUUGUGGGCGUGACUUUUGGCGCGGGACUGGGGGUUGAGCUUGCCCAACUACAUGCGUUGUCAUUGCGCAAUGUGAUCACUUGA